GAAGCGGCGGCGGUCGGCGGGGAUGGCGGCGCGGCCUGGGGGCUUUACCUACGGAUCGACCGACAGCGGCUGCAAUGCCUUAACGAGCGUCGAGAGGGCAGUGGCGCUCUCGUCUUCCGCGCUUGGGAGGAGCGGGGUGACCGAACCCAGUUCGUAGAAAGCGACGAUGAUGAGGAGCUUCUGUUCAAUAUCCCGUUUACGGGUAAUGUGAAAUUAAAAGGAGUAAUUGUGAUGGGAGAAGAUGACGGGACGCAUCCAGCGGAGAUGAGACUGUUCAAGAACAUUCCUCACAUGUCCUUUGAUGACACAGCCAGGGAACCGGACCAGACGUUCAGCCUGAACCGGGAUCUGACAGGCGAGCUGGAGUACCCCACCAAAAUUGCCCGUUUCUCCAGUGUUUCCCACCUCUCCAUCCACUUCCCGAAGAACUUUGGAGCGGAGACAACAAAGAUUUUUUAUAUAGGCCUGAAAGGAGAGUGGACAGAGGCUCAUCGCCAUGAAGUCACCAUCUGCAAUUACGAAGCAUCAGCAAACCCAGCUGAUCACAAGUUGGAACAAAUCACCCCACAGACUCACUUCAUCUCCUAACAGUGCUGUCGGGAAUCUCCCGAAGGCUCUGGUACAAGUGUAUGGAUGUGACGGGCUGACUCGGACAGAAAUGGCUUCCUGAAGUACUUGGAGAGUGUUGGAUCAGCUUUACAUUUCGGUCUUUGCCUUGGAAAGCAGAGCGCCGAUCGCGUGCAAUGCCUGUACGAAGGUGGCCGCUGAGGGCGGCAGCGCGUUGGGUCCCGCAAGAAGGCAGCAGAUCUGCUCUCGUUAACGGGAGACUCGGUCUUUAGGCAGUGGCAAGCUCGUGUCUGGUAUCGUUUCCUUCUCUGACUGUCAAUAAAACACGCGCUGAGGUGCAGAGCUCCGGCUGCGGCCUGGUCACCCGCAUCCCUGUCCCUGAACGUGGGUCACAGCCUAGUGUGCGGAGCGGCCCUUCUCGCCCCAGAGGGAGACGCCGGGUUGCGGGGGUUGAGACAGCGGGGACGGCUCCAGGCCGCGGCUGUCACCGGCGGUUGUCUGGCGGGGAGAGGGCGAUGCUCGGUGCCUGACCGGCGGCAGAGAGGGGAAGGGAGGCGGUGGGGAAGGGGAAGCGGCCCGCUGUGGUAACGUCGAGGGGGACCGUGGCCGGUCCCGCCGCGUUCGCCUCUGC